GGAGGAGGGACAGCGACAUCUGGUCAUUCAUUGAUUUUCAUUCUGGUCAGAGAGAGUUGUUGUGAUUUCUCCUCUCUGUGUGUAAACUUUUUCAUUUUCUCCUCUCAUGAUGCUGACGACUCGGUAGAGAAUAUGCCUCUCAGAAUACCUGAUUCCAGACCACGAGACUGAUGUACUUUGUGAAAAUCCAGGGUUUGGGUGCUGUGGUCAGUGGAAUUGCAGCGUGGACUCCAACAUACUCUUGACUGUCCUGAAACAAGAUGGCUGUUCUGGGCUGCUUUUAAACCUCUACAGGAUCAGUGUCCUGAAAUCUGGACAGCUGCUGCUCAAUAUGUGACUAGAAAGGCAUUCUAAACAACAGCCAACUUUCCGGGACAUCGACAUGUCUUAUAUCGUCAGAAAGCUUAAAUAUUUGUUAAUCUAACCGCAGUAUCUAAUUUACAGUAGCUAUUCCAGUGGGACAAAAUACCAUGCUAUUGUUUGGGGAUAGUGCACAACAACAAAACGCUUAUCAAUGCUACUUGUUUGAUACAUUCACCUCUGACAUAUUGGCUACACAACACGUCAAUUAGCCUAAUGAAGGUAAGCCGUCGUUAGGCACCAAUGAGACCAGCGGUGUCCACUUGAUUGACAGUCUUGGUUCAAGGACCACAUAUCAUUUUGAAACCGAUCUAGCUAGAUAGCCAAUGAGCUGGGCUUUCCAGCAGCAUGUGAACGCCUUUUGUACUACAAACAACCAUCAUGCUAGAGCAGUGGGCAACAGUGUUCAUUCUCUGGUGAAAGCAAACAGGACUCACGGUAGUUAAUGAUACGCAGUGGUUCGUUCUCUUCUACAAACUUUUGUCAAAACUAAAAAAGAAAACAUGGCUACUACUAGUGGAAAAGCUACAUCCAAGUUUACACAUUUGGAUGAGAACAUUGCAGAAAUGGACUGGGAGAGUGACAUAGAACUGAUGGAUGAGGACUCCAUGAGUGAGUACAGUUUUGAUUCCAGUGAGGAAGAAAUGUUUUUGGAAGGAGAAGAUCCACUUUUAGAUCAAUGUAGAGACUCUGAUGACCUGUGGGAGCCACCUCCAAAGAAACCACAUUCAAGUCCAUCCCACACUGAUUCAAACAUAGGAAGUGGUUCCUCCAGUCUGACCCCUGCUGCUGUCUCUGGCUCCACACCCACCCGUCCAUCUAGAGGUGUUAUGAGUCCAGACCAGAAGCGGAGGAGGGCCAGUGUACCAGCGGCAACUUCAACCGAGGGAGAGGACCGUUGGCGCACUGUGCUAGAGGAUGAUGUGGAGCCACUUCCACCAACAUUUAGACCUAAAAGGCAGCCAGGACCUCAGCUGGACAUGACUGGAAAGUACAGCCCCCUUCAUCUUUUCCAGCUGUUUUUCUCCUUGUCAGUUCUUGAUUUGCUUGUGUCUAACACCAACAAGUAUGGGGCUAAGAAGCAUGCAGGCAAGAAAGAGGCAUGGAAGCCCAUUUCCAUCCAAGAAUUAUACUGUUACAUCUCACUGGUCAUUUAUAUGGGCGUUGUGAAGUUGAAAACCCUGAAGGACUACUGGAGAAGCUCAAGACUCUACCAACUGCCUUUCCCCACAACUAUCAUGUCUUGUAAGAGGUUUCUGACUGUCUCGCGGGCGCUUCAUAUCAGUGACCCACAAGCUGACGAGAACAAUGACAAGAAGAAGGGGACAGCAAGCUUUGAUAGGCUCUGCAAAAUCAAACCUCUCUACUCCAGCAUUGUUGAGGCCUGCAAGACCCAUUUUCAGCCUGCCCAGAACCUGUCCAUAGAUGAGAGAAUGGUAGCCUCAAAGGCCAGAAUUGGCAUCAAACAAUAUAUGCCUAACAAGCCAACAAGAUGGGGUUACAAACUGUUUGUUUUGGCAGAUUCUGCGUGUGCCUACACUUGGAAUUUCUUUGUUUAUGAGGGGAAGUCCAUCUCAGCCACCGGUAUGGGACUUGGUUAUGAUUCCGUAAUGAAAUUAUUGGAAUUUCCACUGCUGGGGAAGGGCUACAAACUGUUUGUGGAUAACUUUUACACAAGCCCUACUCUGUUUACAGACCUGAGGAAGCUGAAUGUAUGGUCUUGUGGAACCAUUCGUCCCAACGGAGUGGGUUUUCCCGACACAAAAGUAAACGACAUGCCUAAGAGGGCUGAAAGGGGUACCAUGAGAUGGAUUCGUAAAGAUGACCUGCUCUUUGUAAAGUGGAUGGAUGCCAGGGAGGUGGUCAUGUGCUCCAAUAUCCACAAAUCGUACAGUGGCGAUCACAUCGGCAGGCGUGCGAAGGACGCUAAUGGGACAUGGACCAAGAAAGCUGUCCCCGUUCCAGCUGCUGUAAAGGAUUACAAUAAGAGCAUGGGAGGUGUGGACCUGUCUGAUGCUCUCAUAGGCUACUACAAUGUUCUCCACAAGACAAUGAAAUGGUACAAGACAUUGUUCUAUCACUUCAUCGACAUUGCUGUGGUGAAUGCAUUCAUCCUCCAGAAGGAAAUGGCUAGGAUCUGUGGAAAGACCCCCAUGACACAGCUAGCCUUCAGAGAGCUGCUCAUCCAGGAGCUUGCUGACUACGGCACAAAGUCCACUGCAGCACCCUCUGUCCCCUCUACCUCUGUCCCCUCUACCUCUGUCCCCUCUACCUCUGUCCCCUCUACCUCUGUCCCCUCUACCUCUGUCCCCUCUACUCCUGCCUCCAGUGAUGUUCACCUUCCAAAAUACAUCAGUGCAGACCUGAAUGUGCCUCGGGGCAAAAAAGCCACAGUAGGGAGGCGUCGUUGUGCUCUGUGCCACAGGAAAUGUCCCAUCACCUGCACUACUUGUGCUGUUACCCUCUGCUUUACAGCGGAGAGAGACUGCUAUGGGCCUUGGCAUCAGCAGCUCAAUCUGGUGUAGAGGACUGUGGGUGUUCUAAAUACUCUAAAUGUAAAUAUGUUUUUUCUCCCUUUGUUUGUGGUGUGUACACUUCUGACAUUAGAGCAGCGUUGGCUGCUAACUUGGCCGUUUAUCUUAAAUACUUCACUUCUGUGUUUUGGGAGGCAUUGGAUCAGCGUUCUCUUUGCGUCUCCUGUUAGUAACUUGUAUAUAGGGAUGCUAAUGAUCCAUUAUGUAUGACAUUCCUGGGAGUGUGUAAACUUAGUUUUAUUAUUAAAGCAUUUUAGUAUGUUCUCUAUAGGUAUGUACUUUUAAAUGGACCAGUUUGGCCACUUGGGUACAUUUGGGAAAACUCUAACAGGCAGUUAGAUUUGGGUAUUUUAUUUUAGGUGGAAAUUGAGAUGGAUCCUUAUCUAUGCAGGUAUGGAUCCAUCCAGUCUAAAUGGAUAUUUUAACACCAGUCUUUAAUAUGUCCUAGAAGUUGUAGUUCAAUGUGAAGUUUGAUUUCCUUUUUAAAUAUUAUUUUAUUAUGUACCAAACAUUUCUAUUCAACUUUUUUUUACUUGGCAGGUUUAGCUGUUUACAGUUUGUUUGCAGUUUGAGCUAUCCCGUCCCUCUGCUGAACAUGAUGAAUAUUCUCUUUGGAAUCUCGUUCGUCUGAACUCCUGUUGAGAAAAGGAAUAGCUGACUUCAGCAGAGGGCUACGUAACCCUGUCAUAAAGGCUACAUAUGUUAUGUCAAACCCCUCCUUGUGCCUGCCUGGUAUCUGGUCCCCACCCAGAGAUUAUCUUGAAGCUUUUGUCUUAGGUUUCCUCUGUGUGUGGCUGAACAGGGAGCCGUGAUACCAACUAGACUGGUCCUGAUGGUGGUACCAGACUGGUCACUAGAAGAUGCCUGUUACUGAACUACCUCAAGGUUUCUGCCCCCUGGUUGAGGUCCUAGUGUCUGCAGUGUUUGGAAAGCUCUCCUGUUGUACACCGGCAAGCCCUCUUGCACUCCUGUUUGGUCAGCAAGGAAGUGGGACGUCUCGUUGGAACUGGGGAGAACCAGGCCAAGUCAAUUCAACCCUGUGACUGUUUUGAUGUAUAAAUAAAUCUACAAAUUAA